AUGGCCUCAAAACCCAAAGUUGACCCAGCUGUCGCGACACAGCAAAUAAAACGCAUCAAAGAAUUAAGCGAACAACUUGUUUCUCAAGCUUUUGGCGUGAAAAUGAUGGCUCAGAAUGCAAAGACGCACAAACCAGACUGCGUAUCCUUUGCUAAUAGAAUCCAGUUAGCAUCUGAGAGGGCGGCAAAUUUUGCCAAGAAAAUUGAAGAAGACUUACCAGAAGUUGUUGCUAUGAAAUAUGAUCUGGAAGCUGCUACGGAAGAAUUGGAGAAAUCUAAAGAAAUAUUUCUGCAAAUUAAGAUGUUCGUUCAGCAAAAUCAGCUCGCACCGUUCUCUAAUCAAGUGGUAAAUCAAGCUGAAGACUUUCGUAUCCAGCGCCUGAUUACAGAUUACAACCGUCGCCUGGAUAAUUGUGUUGGUAAUAUAUCAGUUGCAUUUGCAUCACACAAAUUGCAAAGGUCACUUACAAUUGAAGAGGAAGAAGAAGUUCUUAAAACUUUGAAGUCUGAUGUGGAAAAGGAGUUGGCCAAACUGGAAGAACUGAAAAGCUUGAAACAAGCUGGUGGUGACGAUGCGAAAAGUCAAUGGUUGAGGUUGGCUAUUGAACAACAACAUUUGAGGUUUAUACCUUUUGAUCAGAUUAAGGUUAACAAUUUCUUGAGACGUGGAGGUUUUGGUAUAGUGUAUCAAGCUCAAUGGGAUGAUACGCCAAUUGUUUUGAAGCAACUCUUUGAUCAGAAAGAUUUUGUUCAAGAAAUUCGUCUUCACAAGAGAGUACACGAUGGAGAUUAUAUUGUUAAAUUGCACGGAAUUACCAAAGACGACGACGGGAACUUGGGCAUGAUUAUGAAAUAUGCAGCACAUGGCAGUUUAAGGGAUUAUUUAAAGUCGCAUGCUAGUCAAUUAACGUGGUAUCAGAAAGUUCAGUUGGCCAAACAGAUUACUAUUGGUUUAUCGUUUAUUCACAGAGAGAGAAUUUUCCACAGAGACUUCCACAGUGGUAAUAUUCUAGUAGAUGAAAAUGGAGGUCCGAUGAUAACAGAUUUCGGUCUCUCACGAGCCGAUCAAGUCGCGGUUCCUUCCAAUCGAUCUUCAGACAGUCCAGUAUAUGGUUUAGUAGCGUACACGGCCCCGGAAAGACUCAAGGAUUCUUCACUGCCAUUUGAUGAGAAAUGUGACAUAUACUCACUUGGAGUAGUAUUCUGGGAGAUUGGAUCAGGCCAAAAACCAUUUAAAGAACAAAACGAUAUGUCAUUGGGAGUUAAUAUAGUAAUGGGUCAAAGGGAGAAAUUUGGAAAGGGUGUACCACUGCGGUACAAGGAAUUAAUAGAAAGAUGUUGGCAUGAUAAUCCCAAAGAAAGGCCCAGUAUGAGAGAAAUUCAACAAGUUUUGAGCGACUUGUUGCACGAUAUGAAGGAGUUAGGAAGUGAAAACUUGAGCUGUUUGGAAGAGGAUGAAGAAGACGAAUUUUAUGUCACAGCGGGUUUAGGUAGUUAUAGAUCUACCGAGAGUAAGAGUGAAAUUGACACCUCAGACGAAGUAUCUGGUUCGUCCGCAACCAAGUAUGUCAACGCACUGGAAGAUUUGACAGAGAAUGACGAUUCUUAUUGUAAGUAG